AUAAUUACGAGAGUCAGUGUGAAAAAUGCGACCAAUUUGGUUGUACGUUCUUCUAACGGUGCUGAACAGUUCCGACUGUAACAAACUGAGAACUGUUUAUCAAAGGCUAAGCCACGAGGAUCAGUUCGAACAGUUCCACAGGCUAUUCAAGAAUGAACGGAACAUCAUUACUGAUAUGCAGUACUCAUCGUUGACGGUUUUCGUGCCGACUAACAAAGCAAUCGAGAACUAUGGAGGCGAAACGCAUGUUCGGUAUCACAUGUCGUAUCAGUAUUAUGAUUUGAACACGUUAAUGUCCACGUCUAAUGUCACCACCUGUUUGUACAACAACGCACCCCCCAUUUGGGUCACGAGGAAGGGCGACGAACUGUACUUGAACAACGCCAAAUUGUUGGUGGAAAGGUCCAAUUAUCUGUCCAGGACUUUUACAGGGGAUUAUGGGAAGCCACAGGCUUUGCACGUGAUCGACGACGUUCUAACUGCCGAAAUAAACGUCUUCCACAAAAUAUCAGCGUACGACUUCCUCUCGAUCACCAGGGACGACUUCAAAAAAUCCGAGCGGGUCACAAGCUUCUUCCAACGGAUCCACGAGAACCGCCAACAAAACCUGUACAAACAAAAAGGUACCAACACCUACUUCAUACCAGUUGAUUCAGGCAUCGACAACUACAAGUACCAACUGAUCGACAAGUACGUUAUUCAGGGUCAUGUGAUCGAGAACGUGGUACUAUUCACAAGACCGACAGAGAAAAGUUUCCCGUUCGAAUCAAGGGCGAACGGCGACUAUAUUUAUAUCCUGCUGAACUUUGUUGAGGUGAACGGUCGUAUGUUUGUGAAAAGCAGAACGAUACUAGGCGACAGUACUCAUCAAGAGGGCGAAAUUGUGGCAGAAAUUAUUAAGGGCAACAUCCCUGUCACAAACGGCGUUGUACAUUUAAUUUCUAAGCCCCUGGCGGUGUUCGACAGGAAGCUUAAGCCGUUUCCCUUUUUGCCUGUAAUUGAAAAGAUUGCCUCUGAUCCAGACUUGGACUUCACGUACAGGUUGGGCGAGUCGUACGGUUUUAAUGACUUGUUGAAAAACGAAAGUGUUGCCCUCACGUACUUCGUCAUCAAAGAUUCCACCUGGGACGAAUUGGAGAGGAACGACCUAAGGCUAAAAGAAGACUUUUUGGAUGUUCUAAAGAACCACCUGUUUGUAUCAGACGUCGCAUUCAGCAUGUCCAAGCUUGUGGCUCUGACAAAAACCAACAACAACUCGGAUGUGAUCCUGGAAAGUCUGGGUGGUACCGUACGUCUAUCCGUUUGGAAGAUCCACGAGGAGUACUACGUGGUUUACCAAAAUCGCCACAUUAAAGUCUUAAGACCGGACUACGAGUGCACCAACGGCUUAGUACACAUUCUAGAGGCACCCCUGGCUGAACUACGGAAGCGCGACAACGAAACCGGAGGCUUCUGGCACACAUUAAAGCACAUCUUCAAAAGCCUACAAGACUAAUCAGUUUAUCCUGUAAUCAACCACAAAUAAAUACACCAUGUUGAAA